CGAUCUUAGACAACGAAGGACGCGUUUUUGCGCGCGGAUAAUGUGAACGCCAGAAGUCGAAGCCUGUACAGGCAGUUGACUUGAAACUAUCCGGAACUGUGCCUAAGCAUUAGGCUAGUCAUCGCAAUGAAGCUCUCCGUCUCGGCGUAUGGCCUCUGGGCAUUCAGCUUCGUCGCGGCUCAGCGUGUACAGCAGCCACUUCAGCAGGAAACUGUCUCUGGCAAGCCGGUUCAAGUAGCCAUCAUCGGCGCCGGCGCAGCAGGCUCAUCCGCCGCUUACCAUCUCUCUCAAUACGCCCACAAUGCCUCUCUUCCCAUCAACAUCACCAUCUUCGAGUCCAACUCCUACAUUGGCGGCCGCAGCACCACCGUGACAGCGUACAACCUCACGACAACCGAGCUCGAUGCCCUCUCCUCUCCACACCACUACUCCACCGAACUCGGCGCCUCAAUCUUCGUUGCCGUUAACCACAUCCUCGUCAACGCUGUGGAAACCUUCAACCUCAGCACCUCUGAUGACGACCUCGACAACCCGAAAGGCCACCUCGGCCAAGAAGUCGGAAUUUGGGACGGCAACACCUUCGUCCUCCAACUCGACACAUCUCUCUUCAACGGCUACUGGACCAUCGCCAAACUUCUCUUCCGCUAUGGCCUCGCUCCCAUCCGGACGUACAGGUUGACAAAAUCCGUCAUAUCCAAGUUUCUCAAAAUAUACGACGCUCCCAUCUUUCCGUUCGAAUCUCUUACGGCCGCGGCGCAAAGUGUGGGGCUGUCAGCUGUGACAGCUGCGACGGGGGAGCAAUACCUACGAGAGAAUGGCAUAUCGGCGGCAUUCGCGAGGGAGGUGGUACAGGCGAGCACGAGGGUGAAUUAUGCGCAGAAUCUGGAGUACAUUCAUGGAUUGGAAGCUAUGGUCUGUAUGGCGACCGAAGGAGGUGCCAUGAGAGUGCAAGGUGGGAAUUGGAGAAUAUUCGAGGAGAUGGUGAAAGCCAGUGAGGCCCAUGUGAGGUUGGGGGAGAGGGUGAGUUCUGUCACAGAGAAGAGAGACGAGAAAUAUAUGAUAUCGGUCAUCGACGGGGAUGCGGGCGAAGAGCAACAGCUGUUGCAGGAGGAGAGAGAUGAUGGAACAGCGUUUGAUCACGUCGUGGUUGCUUCUCCGUGGCAGUAUGCGGACAUCGAUUUUGGGGUGUUCCCCGAAUUCCGCCUGCCGGACAAGAUCCCCUACGUGCGACUGCACGUUACGCUGUUCACAAGCCCUCACCUGCUUGACCCGGAAUACUUCAAUUUACCGAAAGACCAAGCCGUUCCCCAAGCCAUCCUCACGACUCUUCCGGACGGCGAACCCGCCCAUACUGGUCCGGAGGGCGUUGGCCACUCUGCCUUCUUUGCCAUUUCCCUCUUACGUCCACUCACAAACCCCAAAACUGGAAGAGAGGAAUACUUAUACAAGAUCUUCUCGCCAAAGAGAAUAUCAGAUGAAUAUCUCUCAGAGAUCCUCGACACGGAGCAUAGUACCGACAAUGGUAGCGCGGAAGCUCCAUUCGGUAACAAGGAGAAUGUAACUUGGAUCUAUCGCAAGAUCUGGAACUCGUAUCCUUACGAGACGCCACGCGUGGCGUUCGAGGACGUACAGCUGUCGAGGAAUGUCUGGUAUACUGGAGGCAUGGACAAUUUCAUCAGUACGAUGGAGACGAAUGCUUUGAUGGGGAAGAAUGUCGCGAAGUUGAUUGUUGAUGCUGAACAGAGUAAAGCCGAGAGAAGGAUGGGCAUGCAAAUGGAGGAGGACAUGAAAGCAAGGAAGCAGGAUUUGUGAGGUCGAUGGAUGUGGUGACGCUGGGCAUAUGAUUUACGAAUUACAUGAUAGAAUGGGUAUCAAUGGAAUUGAUUGCACGAGAG